AUGUCCACCGAUCGAACUGAAGACGUUCGUCUCGAAAGUCUACAAGGGUUGCUGGAACUCGCCAAACAGCCCAACCCUUCCACCAACCCCAGCUCCGCCUCACCCAACGCACCCGCUGGGGCCGCAACCUAUUCGCAGGCACCUUCUUUGCCCGAGAUGUGCAAUAAACCCUUUGGGGUCGAUGAUCCCACAGAUGGCGACAACCACUGGGAGUCGGACCCGUUGUGUUUUGCCACUUCAACGGUUGCAGGCUUGAACGCUGUCGAUCCAGCACGGUCCCGCGUUGAUCGGGCAAAGCAGAUCGAUGUCUGCCUCGCGGAGUUGGUGGAACUCCCUGAAAAGCUGCUAACGGCAACGACAAGGGAAUCAAUCCAAUUCAUGCUGUGGGAAGCAGUGCGCGCCGCACUGUUGCUCCAGAACGGCGGUUUGAGCCGGAUUUCGUCGUCGUCUCGACAGCCGCUGGCCGAUGCUUUGUUUGAGUUUCUGACCGUUGGCGUCAUGUCCUACCCUCCUGCUCCGACCCUUCGCGCAUUGUGUGCCGAGUUGUUACGCGCAAUGUCAUUCCAAGUUCCUGCGUUGCAGCGGCUGGAUGCGCAAGAGGAUCUCACAUACGCUUACCUUCAAGCGACAGAACAAAGAGAAAUAGGCAGUUUGAAACAGCUCCUCGAGUCUCUUCAUUUUGACAUUCCAUCGCGUCAAGUCAAGGUUCACCCUGCCUUCGAUGGUGGAAAGGAUCCUCUUGCUUGA